GUCAAAGUCCAUGAAUUACUCAGAACAAGAAAAAUAUUAAGUUUGCUAAAACUGAUUUUUUUUAACUCUAGCAUUUUCUCAAACUCGAAUCCAGAUGAUAAGAGCAAGUCCAUUGGUUAGAGGCCCUAAUGGGUUCUAUUGAAUAAAUUAUUAUUUAAUUUUGUGAUUUGAAAAUUUAAGAACCCUUGUUAGUCUAAAUUAUUUUUUCAUCCUCCAAUGGGAAAAUCUCUUGAGGUUCUUUAUUUUUUUAUUUUUUUCUAAAAAAUUGAAUGAUUUGAAGAAAGUGAAGAAACAAAAUCUUAAAGCUUUGGAGUGUUGUUUGUUGUUGUUUGCUCUCUUUCGUGUUGUUGUUGUGAAGAAACAAAAUGCUAAAGCUUAAAAUUUUUGUGAAGAAAGAAGUGAAGAAACAAAAUGUUUAUGCCAUUUGCUCUCUCCCGUGUUGUUGUUGUGAAGAGACAAAAUGUUAAAGCUUAAAGGUUUGUAAAAAAGACGUGAAGAAACAAAAUGUUAAGUUGUCAACUUAGGGCAUGAUUAUCGGGCGUUUUUUAGCCCAUUUCUUACAUUUUUGGGUCGAAAAAUAAAUGGAAAACCCGAAGAAACAACCAACUUGGACCUUAAUUAAGAAACAAAUUGGGCUCAUCUUUAGGCGACGUGGCGCGAUGGGAUUCGACCGAAAAUGAGCAACUCGGUUCGUCUCGUCUCUCUCCUCUCUUUCUCAUUUUCCUCUACACAAAAGCAGAUCGAUGACGACGAGGCGACUCUCCGGUGAUUUGUCGAAGACGAAGUAAUUAAUCCUUCUCCGGCGUACUCCAUUCGAAGAUCGAUCUUUCUCCGGCGAGUCUCCAGGUUAAGUAUUUAAAUGGGUCUUGAUUAUAGCUACUCACAGCCUUCAGUCUCGGUAGAGUACGGUGGGAACUCUGGAGACACUGGAUACAUUGAAGACCUCAUACGUCAAGACCAAGCUGAGCUUGGAUACAUUGAAGAGCACAUACGCCAAGACGAAGCUGAAGAGCACAUGGGAUACAUUGAAGAGCACAUACGUCAAGCUAAUGUGGGAUACAUUGAAGAGCACAUACGCCAAGCUGAGCUGCGAUACAGCGAAGGCCACAUACAUCAAGCUCAUGUGGUUCAGUACUCACCUCAGCCGGAGGUGGAGUUCGGGUUUCCUCAGACGUGCUACUGUGGUGCUCGCCCUUUUCUCGCAACGUCCAACACCAGAAGCAACCCAGGGAGAAGAUUUUACACCUGCGCCAAUGUUGAUGAUGAUGAUUGCCACGUCUGGAAAUGGUGGGACGUGGCUGUCAUGAAGGAGAUGGGAGCGAUGGAUAGGCACGUCCUUCAGCUGGCUGAGAAGGUAGAUACACUUACUUAUGUCAAUGAUCUUGAUACUGAGCAGAAACUCCUGGAGUUGGAGAAGCAAGUUGGUGCAUUGUUAAGAAGAAACCGAGGUUGAGUUAUGAGUUUGAGUUGGCUGUAGGUGUUGUUGUUCUUCUCGUAGUUUGUCUUGGUAUGGUUGUUCUUGUCUUGUAAGCAAAUGUAAUUGUUCUUCUCUUGUAAGAAAAUGUAGCAAGCAAGUCGAGUCCUUUAUUAAGCAAGCAACUCGAGUCGAUGGGUUUAUGUAUGCCUUGUAUAGUAAUGCAAGGAACUCAAACUAUAACUAUGUUUAUGAAGUUUAAGAAGUUUAUGAAGUUUAAC